UCGGCCCAAAUUAGUACAGGCAGGCUCAGUAGAGCUCCGAGCCAGAUUCCUUCUGAGCGAUUGAUUGCUUCGGCUUGGUGACGUACUUUGUGGGCGUCCGUUGUGGUGGUCUGGUGACGCAUUUGGUGGGCUGCAAUGGCGCCGGUGAGGCGGGCAUCGAAGUGGCGGCCUGAUGGUUUUGAGGCGCGUGCUGAAGGGGUUUCCGCGGUCGAGUCCAGGAAUAAGAAUGUGAAACAGAAGACAUGGCGGCCUAACCAUCCGCAAGCCUUCGUGGGGAGCGUUCGCGAGGGACAAGGCUUUGCCUUUCGAAGAAAACUGAGAAUACAGCAAAGUUACAAGAAAUUGCUGCGGAAGGAAAAGAAGGUUAAAACGUCACUGGAAUCUCAAUUCACAGAUCGAUACCCAGAUAAUCUGAAACAUCUCUAUUUAGCUGAAGAGGAAAGACUUAGGAAGCAACCAAGAAAAGUUGACCAUCUUUUGUCAGAACAAGUUCACCAGCCUUUGCUUGAAGAACAGUGUAGCAUUGACCAGGCUUUGUUUGAAGAUCAGUGUAGCUUUGACCUGCCUCAGCCAGAGGAACAAUGUAGUAAAACAGUAAACUACUUUACAAUUCCAAAGAAAAAUAAAAAGAAAACAUCGAAUCAGAAAGCACAAGAAGAGUAUGAACAGGUACAAGCUAAACGUGCUGCUAAGAAACAAGAAUUCGAGAGGAGAAAACAGGAGAGAGAAGAAGCCCAAAGGCAGUACAAAAAAAAGAAAAUGGAAGUAUUUAAAAUAUUGAACAAAAAGACUAAAAAGGGCCAACCAAACUUGAAUGUACAAAUGGAGUACCUUCUUCAAAAAAUACAGGAAAAAAGUUAAACAUUUUGUUCUUACAGGUUAAAAUAGCUACUGCCUGUUAGGUUCUUCUAUGACAAGUGCCUCUCUGCAGUGAACUAAAUUUGCCAACAUAAACUGGAUUGCUAAAUGCUAAGUAUAAGAUGUUCACAUAUUUUUAUUAUGGUAAAAAAUUUUCUAAAUAUGUUCUACAUAUGUUUCUUCUUUAUUUGCCUCUGAAGGAAGGUUGGCCUGAAGAACUGAGAGAACCUCCUAUUUGCAAGACAGGUCCAAGCAUGUAAUACUUUUGUACCAUGUGAGACUUAUAUGAAAUAAAAUUUUUAAAAAAUAAGGAAU